AUGUCUUUAUUUGGAAGUGGUGCCGAGUGCUCCACAGCAAGAAACCCAUUAUCUCAAUUUACUAAGCAUACAAAUGAAGAUAGAUCAUUACAAAGACCAGGUUUAAACCAGCAAAUUAACAACCAAGGUGGAAUCAGAGAAGAGACUCGUAUGAACCAACAUGAUCAACAACGUAUGAAUCAAUUCUUCAAAGGGCAAGAUAGCUUCAAUUUCCAACCAAUGAAUCACGAAUUAGCUCAUAUACAUACACAUCAACAACCACAAGGAUUCCGUCAAUCACCUUCUUCAAACUGGUCUUCAGAGUUUAAGACUGAUAGUCCUUUACAACAUAAUGGGUCUUUAAGAUCAAAUGGUUCCCGUUGGUCUUCAGAAUUUAAUACUUCAACUGCUUCCCCAAUGAGUUCCACAACUACAUUAAGUGAACCACAAUCUCAUGCAAAUCCAAUGGUGAGACAAAGAAUUGGUGGAUUUAAUCCAGUGUUUUCAAGCUAUCAUAAUGGGAUGGUGAAUCAUGUUCAACCAGUACACACUAAUUCUAAAAUUGCUGAAGUUGGAAAUAAUGAACAAUGGGAAGAUCGUUUCAAAGAAAUUGAUGAACAAUUCCAAGAUGCUUUUUCAAAACAAGAAGGAAAACAAAAUGAAGAAGAAUUAAAAGAUCAAGAGAAAAAUGUUGAUCCAGAAAUCAUAAUAGAUGAUAAAUAUCAAACAAAUUUUGAUGAAGUUUGGGAAUCUUUGAACUCUCAAACAGUUCAAGAUGAUUUACAAGCUGAACCUUCAUGGGAAAAAGAUUUUGCUACAUAUGCUCAAGCUAGAGCAAAUUUUGGGAAAUAUCAAUUUGAACAAACUAAUCAAUUUUUAAACAACCCAAGUGCCUAUGAAAUCGGUGUUACUUUGAUGGAACAAGGUGCUAAAUUAUCAGAAGCUGCUCUAGCAUUUGAGGCUGCUAUUCAAGAGAAUCCAAGACAUACAGAUGCUUGGUUAAAAUUAGGUGAAGUUCAAACUCAAAAUGAGAAAGAAAUUGCUGGUUUAACUGCUUUAGAGAAAUGUCUUUCACUAGACCCAAAUAAUCUAAGUGCAUUGAUGACUUUAGCUGUCUCUUAUAUUAAUGAAGGUUAUGAUAAUGCUGCAUUUGCCACUUUGGAGCGCUGGAUUGAAACAAAAUACCCUCAAGUCACAGAUAAGGCCAGAAGUACCAAUCCAAAGAUUAACGAUGAAGAUAGAUUCUCAUUGAAUAAAAGAGUUACUGAAUUAUUCAUACAAGCUGCACAAUUAUCUCCAGCAGGAGCAAAUAUUGACGCUGAUGUUCAAAUGGGUCUUGGUGUUUUAUUUUAUGCUAAUGAAGAGUUCGAAAAAACUAUUGAUUGUUUCAAAGCUGCAUUAGCUGUUCGUCCAAAUGACGAAUUAUUAUGGAAUAGAUUAGGUGCCUCAUUAGCCAACUCAAACAGAUCUGAAGAAGCUAUCGAAGCUUAUCAAAGAGCUCUACAAUUGAAACCAUCAUUUGUUAGAGCUAGAUACAAUUUGGGUGUUUCUUCUAUAAACAUUGGUUGUUAUAAAGAGGCUGCUGAACAUUUAUUAGGAGCAUUGUCUAUGCAUAAAGUUGAAGGCUUAGAUGAUGAUGACUUGAGAAAUAAUGCAAUUGCUAAUCAAUCAACAAGUAUAUUGGAAACUUUGAAAAGAGCUUUCGUUGCUAUGAAUAGAAGAGAUCUAAUUGAAAAAGUUAAACCAGGAAUGAAUUUGAACCAAUUUAGAGGAGAAUUCAACUUUUGA